CAUAAACCAUCUUUGCAUGUUCUAGCCAUGGCAGCUUCUCUUAAAACCCUUUCUUUGCUUUCAAUAUUUCUUCUUCUUAAGAUUGCUAAAUCUGACCUUUUAUCCCCACUUUUCUCUCCCUUAUUUGAUGAUGUAUGCAAAGAAGUGGAAUGUGGAAGAGGAAAAUGCCAGCCUUCUUUAAAUGGAACACUGCCCUUUUAUAUCUGUGAAUGUGAUCCUGGUUGGAAGCAAACCUUUUCUGAUAAAGAUGAUCAUCAGCAUCUCAAGUUUCUCCCUUGCAUUGUUCCCAACUGUACAGUGAAUAGUGCUUGUUCAGAUGCUCCCUCCCCGGUGCAAGAAAGGGAAACCAAAAUGAAUCACUCCGUCUUUGAUAUCUGCAGUUGGACCGAUUGCGGAGGCGGAUCGUGCAACAAGGAGUCGCCGUUUACGUACAACUGUCGAUGUUCGGAGGGUUACUUCAAUCUUCUUAACGUCUCGGCCUUCCCGUGUUACAAAGAAUGUGCAAUCGGAUUGGAUUGUGCCAACCUCGGGAUCUCGAUUACGAAUAUGUCGACUUACACACCGCCGACACCAUCGAUGUCUCAAAACAAUGAUAACCGAGCUGGCUUAAAACUGCUCGGAACUUGGCAGUGGGUGAUAAUGUUGGUAUGGUUGCUGGCCAUGGUUGCUUGAUUUGUAUAGAUUUAACCGAUGCUCGAGAAUUCGAACUCUGUUCUGGUCAAUUCAUUCGAAG